AUAUAAAUAUGGAUAGUUAUUGGGUAAAGUUAUUGCAAAAGUCAAAAGGUUUGGUUUGUCUGAUGGCUCGACGUUAGUAAACCUCAACUAGCUAGCUACCUAUGUAGCAAGCUCGGCGGAAAACCUCUGACCGUUUCGAGAAAAAUAAACCGUGUCGUCUCUGCCGCUUUCAGUCAAAGAAGUCAGACAGCUUCGCGCAAAAAAGCAGCUAACAGAUGCGCUGCCCCUGACAACCUGCCUAACAACAGGACGGACAAGCCAAAGAGUCACGAUGGAGCAGGUCGUCGUUUCGGAAGUCUUGCAAAGUAGUUGGGGGAACUUGUCGCAGUGGCUUCAUCCCAACGUGCUGCCUGGAUUACCACACAGAAGUGGAACAAUAGUCUCCUGCAGCAGAAACACUAGCAGGCCUGAGGGCCCCAGUGGUGUGACUGAGAAGAUGGACAGGAUGAAGAUCAUCAAGCGGAGGCUGUCCAUGUCUCUACGCAGCGCUCGGCCCGUUGAUGACUCUCUGUCCGAACUUGCAGAACAGAUGGCCUUGGAUGAGGCAUCCACAGCUAGGGACAAUGAGCCCAUGGUGGUGUGCUCUGUACACCCUCCCGCCUCCCAUAGCGCUCCCUCCUUCCUGCGUCAAUAUGCCGGUCAUCUGGGCCGCACCGCCCUGCGCAGAGAGCCAGGUGGGGGGCUAGAGCGAGACAGAGCCUUCCUGAGCCUGCACAGGACUGGUUUCACAGGCAUUGUCCAUGAAAAUGUGAAGAUGGGUUCAGAUGGGGAGAGUGACCAAGCAUCCGGGACGUCCUCUGAUGAGGUUCAGAGUCCAGUGAGGGUCCGUAUGAGGAACAAUCACCAUCGGCGCAUCUCUAAUGAGGACAUAAACAAACGUUUGUCUCUCCCAGCUGAUAUCAGGCUACCAGAGGGCUACUUGGAGAAGUUUGCCAUGAACAGCCCGCCCUUUGACAAACCCAUGAGCCGCAGGCUACGACGCGCAUCAUUGUCUGAGAUCGGCUUUGGGAAACUUGAAACCUACAUCAAACUGGACAAACUAGGAGAGGGGACCUAUGCGACAGUAUUUAAGGGGCGAAGUAAGUUAACAGAUAACUUGGUCGCCCUGAAAGAGAUCCGCCUGGAGCACGAGGAGGGCGCGCCCUGCACCGCUAUCCGAGAAGUGUCUCUACUGAAAGACUUGAAGCACGCCAAUAUUGUCACUCUCCAUGACAUUAUCCACACUGACAAGUGCCUAACACUCGUGUUUGAGUAUCUGGAAAAAGACCUGAAGCAAUAUAUGGACGACUGUGGGAGCAUCAUGAGCGUCCACAAUGUCAAGGUAAUCUAGAGUAUUACAAGCGGUCAGUAUGGAAAAAUGGAAAAUUUGAAAAGCUGUUACAGAGUUUGGAUGUGACAUCUUCUCACAGGUUCACAGGUGGUGCCCACAUUACUGUAUUUUUAUGAACUAGUCUCACUAUUUAAAUCAGGUUUGGCUCGAGCUAAGUCGGUACCUACGAAGACCUACUCAAACGAAGUUGUGACAUUAUGGUACCGACCACCAGAUGUGCUGCUGGGCUCCACUGAGUACUCCACACCCAUCGACAUGUGGGGUGUGGGCUGCAUCUUCUAUGAAAUGAUCACAGGCAGACCUCUCUUCCCUGGAUCAACUGUGGAGGAUGAGCUUCAUCUCAUCUUCCGCAUCCUUGGUACUCCCACAGAAGAGACCUGGCCUGGUAUCACCACCAGUGAAGAGUUUAAGACAUACAACUUUCCCCGCUACCACGCAGAACCCCUUGUGAACCACGCACCCAGGAUAGACAACGAAGGUCAUGACUUGCUCUCAAAACUCUUACAGUUUGAAGCGAAGAAGCGGAUAUUGGCUGAGGAUGCUCUCAAACACUCUUAUUUCAAAUGUCUUGGAGAACAGGUUCAGACUCUGGCUGACACUGCAUCCAUCUUCUCUGUGAAAGGGAUUCAACUCCAGAAAGAUCCCGGGAAGAGAUCCUCAGUCUACCCAGAGUCAUCGAUGGCCAAUAAGCUAGGCUCCGCACCCUCGCAGUACUUCCAGAGAGAGGCAGCCAAUCCCAGGGCUCAGAGUCACAAUCUCUCCUCUACUUCCACUGGCUGAGUGGCCCUACUGUUCUGCCCAAGGGAAGAGCAGGAGGCAGAGUGUGCUGUUUUAGUGCCGGCGAUGAUGAGGAGGACACGUGGAGCUUGUCAUCCACUGACCCUGCCGCCUACACACUGAAGGAGUGACACACACGCACCCUGCCACAUAAAUACAUACUGACAGGAAAAAAAAGACACACACAGACACACACACACUGCAAAAUGACAACAAACCCACACAAAACUAAGGCUGAAGAUUUCAUUCUUAAAAAUAAAGACUCGGCUCAAACCCAAACAUAAAAAAGAGAAAAAAAAUGUGUGUGAUGCUGGAAGAAAAGUCGGAGAGUAUAUGAGUCUCCUUGCUGCUGCUACUACUGCUGCCCAGUAUGGGGCAGUGUUCAGGAUGUGAGCUGACUUUUAAAACAGACCUUGCUGUUUGAGGACGAAGGCGUCUCGAACGGACUUGAAUGAAAAGAAAAGAAAGAGAAAGGUGGAAGCCCGACUUUCUCUUUCAUGUUGUUUCUUUCAGACUAUUGCUGUAUAUAAAGAGACUGAGCUGUAGAACUAGAAGCUUUUUCAUGCCACACCUCAGCCUGAAUCCAAACUCUAAAUAUUGCACCUCAACUCUGAACCCUUGCCUGAUCUCUCAGCCCUUUAUUACAUAACCCUUAAAUGCAAUCAGUCUCUGCUUUUCUGUCAUUGUCCGUCUUUCUCUUAAAAACACGCUCACAUGCUGACACAUGAAAGUGUGUAGAUCGUUGGAGUUUACAGAGGUAGAUUUUUGCACCUUAUUGUUCAUUAGAGGUCCGGGUGGCUGUCAUUAUGAUACCUCAUCAGUCACUGAAGCAGAGUAGGACGUUAAGUACACACCAGUGAUGUUGAAAUGAAGAAGACCCAAACAGAUAAACCAAAAAACAACAAAAAAAGUUAAGCAAUUCACCACAGAUAUGUUGCACAAAUCGUUACUGCAGUUAAAACACUCAGCAAUCCACACACCAGUAGUAGACAUAAGUUAUAUUUGUCACGUUCUUAUAUGCUGUAAAGAGCACUACGAGAUGCUCCUGUUUCUAUACACGAGGAAGUUAUCGUUGAAGGGAGGUAAAAGUGUACAAAUCCUAACCUGCUCAUUAUUAGACACCUCCCUCCUCUUUGCCUUGACUCAGAAGUUGUCUGGAUUUGUUGUCUGGUGUGCAGGUAUUAAUGUUGAGCUCUUCUACAAGAUGUGAUCAAAAGGUCCUGAGGACAUGUCCAUAAAAAUCCAAAGCUGGCCAAUCUCGCGUUGGACCGCUUCCAGCGCAGUGCAGAGGUGCACAGGAAGCUGUCUCACUGGAGGUCCAGUUCUGUUAGCCCCAUACCUGCGCCUCCAUGAUUCCAUGGAUCUCCUUAAAGCGGCGACCCUUCAUCCACGGCGAUUGUGCUGGUUAGCCAAGACGUGAUGGUACACUGGUAUGCAGUUCAGAUGGACUCCCCAUCAGGCUCCUCAGGACGUUACAGUAGAACAUUACAGUAGGAAACUCCCAGUCUCACUCCUCUGACACGCUGCCUUCAACACUCCUUUUAAAAGCUGCAGACCCGGGUCUCAUCUUCAGGGUUGAUCCUUCGCACAACAUCCGUGUCAGUUUGAAACAGAAGUUUAUAUUUUCUAUCAGAAGUUUUUAGUCCAUGGUGCAAUCUCAGAGUGCACACUGUGUGGUCAGAACGAGACUUCAGUGCAGCGAUCACAAAGCUGCGAUGGAGGCUGAUUGCACACAUGAUGACCUGUAUGGGUAAAUUUUAUUCUGGACAUUUGACUUUUAUGCACAGGCUCUCAGAACAUUUUGAUCACACCUCGUAUUUGCACCCAAUUUUGCCUCUUUAGAUCAUGAGUGGAUCAUCCCCACUUUUCCAUCCCAACUCUGUAUUUUUUUAAGUUGUAUAUAUGAUCAUAUGUGUUACUUGUCGGAAGCAAAGAUAAUUCCAGGAUGCUGUUCUCAGUCUUUACAGUAGGUGACUGGCUGGGGACGUGUUGCACAUUCCUUGAGCUCAGGACUUAUUCCUUGUGUUGUUUUGUGGAUGCUGUGUUAGGUACAGAUGGUCUUGUAUGUCCCUGAUAGAAGUGGCCUGAAACCCUUUGCAAAGCUGGCUUCAAUUGUAUGCAAGGUACAAUUGAUCAGCAUCAACCUGUCGACUUCUGUCACUCGUUCUCUGUUUAUUUGACCCAGAUGUUGAUGUUAAGAGACUAACUUACCCAUGUCUAUUCUUGCCAUCUCUCUAAGCAUGUUUCUGUAUUGAACACCAGUGGUUUUAAUUGGUAUAUGAAAUAGCUGCUGCUGGAGAAGGAAUACCUCCUUUAAAUUUUGCAUGAGACAUUAUGACCUUAUCGCGUGAUCUCUACACCAAACACCAUCUGGAGACCGUACACGAAGACAGAAGUGUGUGCAGGCAGCACUGGGACUAGAUAGUCUGACUUAUCCAAUACGUGUGUAAUACAGCAGAAACUGUCGUGUAGCCCGUCUAACUGGCUGAGUAUUUAACAGGAAGCGCUCAGACACUGUUGUUUCAUGCUGUUAUUACUACAGGCUGCCAUAAAAGAAAAAUAGGACCAAAGUAAGUCCUCCAAGCACCAGGUGUUCAAGCACACAACAGUUUCACGCACCCAAACCUGCUGUUAACAUGUACUGUAUCUGUGAGAUGGCCUGUGGUUUUAGUUUGGGUUCUCCUGUACCUCGGGCACUGACACGGUCAGUUCUGCAUCUUUCUUUUGAUUGAACUGAUUCAGAAAAUGAUCACAUGUCAGUAACUGUCAGAAGGACUACUUAUUUUCCCAGAGUGUGACAGUAUGUAGCAUGUACAUAGAUGGUCCCCCACUCUGUAUAUACUAAAGUGUACAGGUUUGAUACAGCUAUUAACACUCUGGCUUUUUUUUGGGGGGGGGGCUUUUCUUCAGUCAUAGCAAUAUUUCUGUAAUCAAUAAAGCCAUGGUACUAGGAUGGGUAUGAUUGCAUUGUGUUUAUUUAGGAAGGCGUGAGAGACUGUGACUGAUCAGACUGUGACAUAACUUAUCACAGGUUGUUUUCUGUUUUACAUGCUGGAUCUAAAAGGCUGAAAUGAAGUAUCAUGUUGCAAAAUGAGUACAAGACACUGAUUAUUUUGAUUGAUUUUAUUUUAUGUUUUUCAAUCAAUGAAAGCCAUAAAGGUUAUAUAGAAGGACAGACCUUAAGAAGCAAAGAGGAUGUGUAUACCUAAUAAAAUAUUAAAAAUCAUCUAA